GGUGAGCCAGCUGUAUUUAGUACUUUACAACCAAGAACAAACGGAACGUGUUUACGGGGUUUAGCUGAAUAAGUUGCGCAAGCGUCGGUGUGAUCGAAAAAGAAGAAGAAGCAGCACUGGAUAGCUCUUGUUAAACAUUUAACGUGAGUCUCUAAAACAUAGCAAUGAGCAGUGACUAUCAAGAAUAUCCAGAUGUUGUACAGGAAGUGAGAGGAGCUUUAAAUCCAGGUCGUUUAAAGUUUCAAGGGAACAGUAUAGUGUUUAAAAAUACAAAGACCGGAAGGGUUGAUCAGUUUCAAGGAACUGAUAUAGAUGAGGUGAAGUGGUUGAAGAGAGCAAGGGGUUACUGUCUCAAAAUUGUCUUACACAGUGGACAUAUACACAGAUUUGAUGGCUUUAAAGAAACAGAUCAGGACAAACUGGGAUCAUUUAUUUCACGUAAUUACAAUACGAAGCUGGAACCUGUUGAUCUUUCAGUUAAAGGAUGGAACUGGGGACAGGCUAAAUUUGAAGGUAAUGGUUUGAAUUUUAUGAUUGACAAUAACUUGGCAUUUGAGCUUCCACUGAACAAUGUAUCUACAACAACAACAGCCAAAAAUGAGAUCACGCUAGAGUUUCAUCAAAAUGACGAUGCCGCGGUCUCUCUAAUGGAGAUACGAUUUCAUAUUCCUGGUGAUCCAGCUAACCAAGAAGUAGAUACAGUUCAAGAAUUUCAGAACAAAGUUAUGGAGAAUGCUGAGAUUAUACAGGCAACAGGUGAUGCAGUCUGUGUUCUCCCUGAGGUACAAUGUCUCACACCCAGGGGUCGUUAUGACAUCAAGAUGUACACAACAUUUUUCCAGCUUCAUGGUAAAACAUUUAACUACAAUGUUCCAUACACUUCUGUCUUACGCUUAUUUCUACUUCCUCAUAAAGAUGGCAGACAGAUCUUUUUUGUGGUGAGUUUAGAUCCACCAAUAAAACAAGGUCAGACAAGAUACCAUUUUCUGAUAUUAUUAUUCUAUAAAGAUGAUGAGAUGACACUGGAAUGUGGACUAGGAGAUCAAUUAGAAGAAAGAUAUGAAGGAAAAUUACAAAAGGAAAUGAAUGGACCAGAGUAUGAAAUAGUUAGUAAAGUGUUCAAAGCUGUAACUACUAGAAAAAUCACAGUUCCAGGAAGUUUUCUAGGGCACUCGGGUACCCCAGCAAUAGGUUGUUCAUAUAAAGCAGCUACAGGUCUCCUUUACCCACUUGAGAGAGGUUUCAUUUUCGUGCACAAACCUCCCGUGCAUAUCAGAUUUGACGAGUUAGCAGCUGUCAACUUUGCCAGAAGUGCUGGAAGUACGAGAUCUUUUGAUUUUGACGUUGAAACUAAAGCUGGAAAUGUUUAUACCUUCUCAAACAUUGAAAAGGAUGAGUAUGGAAAACUAUUUGAGUUUGCAAAGAAUAAAAAUCUGAGAAUGAAAAAUAUUGGUAAUAAAAAGAGUGGUGUUAACAAUUAUGAUGCGAUGAUGGACAGUGAUGAUGAGGAUGGAGGACAUGAUGCCUAUCUGGAGAGAAUGAAAGCUGAAGGAAAAGACAGGGAUAGUGAUGCUCUUGAUGAUGAUAGUGAUUCUUCAGAUGAAGAUUUCCGACCUGAGGAUUCAGCUAGUGAUGUUGCUGAGGAGUAUGACAGUAAUCCUAUGACUACCUCAGACUCUGAUGAAGAAGGUAGUGGCUCUGGUGGUGAACAAGAUGAAGAAAAGAAGGCAGAGAAGAGGAAAGAAAAGGAAAGGAGAAAACAAGAAAAAAUGGAGAAGAGAGAAAAAUCUAAAUCUUCUAAAACUGUGAAAGAACCAUUUGAAGAGAAAGCAAAGGAGGCCAAAGAAGAAUAUGAUAUUGCUAUUAAGGAGUACAAUAAAAAACUUAAAGAAGAAGGACCUCCAAAAUCUAGCAGUCCAAGUGAGAAAAAGUCAAAGUCGAAAUCAAAAUCCAGUCCGAAGAAGCCAGCUGUAGAAUCUAAGGCAGGAGCUGGUGGUUCAUAUAAAAGUAAGGAAUUCAUUUCGGAGAGUGAGUCAUCAUCUGACGAGUCUGAAGAUGAGGAUGAUAAACCUCUCAAAAAGAAACAGAAAACAAGUAAGAAAGAGAAGAAGGAGAAAAUGGAGGUAGAAGAAUCUGGUUCAGAAUCGGAGGGAGAAAAACCAACAGGUGUGAAACGUAGAUCUCAGAGGAAAGAAGGGGAGGAAUCUGAUGUUGGUUCAUUACCAGAUGAAGAAGAAAUAUUAAGUUCCCCGGAUCACUCGGAUCCUGGUGAGGCUGCCUCCGAGUCCGAGUCUGGAUCAGGUUCCGCAUCAGAAUAAAGAAUGUGUGACAACACAAGUCAGAAUAUCUGAUCAAUACAACAAGAGUGAUUUCCCUUCCUGUGUUGAAUAAUUACAACUUGUUAUUUUACAUAUUUAGAAAAUCAUGUAAAUCAUGUAUACGAAGGUUUAUUGUUGUGAAUAUAUGUGAAUUCUGUUUGUUUAUAAGAUAUUUUCAUGAUUGUUACAAGAGCAUCAUAGGUUUACUCUGUACUCAAUAUGUUUGGUAUUAGUUGCUUUUGUUUGUUGUAAAAAGCAGUAGUAACGACAAAUGCUUGAUUUAAAUCUCAGACUAUGUUUGACGAUAUUGCCUAUGUUAUGGACAAUGAUAUUUAUUCUGUUUUUGUCAAUGACACUUUACUCUGUCAGGGUUUCUUUUCGUGUUAAGAAACAACAAAAAACAUUACCACAAUGUUAAUGACUUCAGAAGAAGUCUAAAUGAAAUUUGUUAAUAAAAUUUACUGUGUAUUUUCCUUUUUUAUUUUAUAAUUAUAUAAAAGGUAAACCUUGUCUAACAUUUUAAUAUCAAUGUUGAAACCAAAACCUCUGGAAGGAAAGUUUAUGGGUUAAAUAAUCUAUACAUAUCUCUUUCUAGAAAAACCAAACUUCACUUAAGUGUCACAUCCUCUUGAAUGAAGAUGGUAAGGAAAUGGGAUCACUCUAGAUAUAUGUGUUGCUUUUGAAGUCAUGAAACAUGUAAGAAAA